AUGGCUGAGCAAAAGAUUACUCCUUGGGAAGUGGAGGUAGUUUCUACAGAUGAAACACCAGUAGCCAUUGACUAUGAUAAAAUAAUUAAUCAGUUCGGAUGUGAGAAGUUUGACCAGGCAUUGGUAGAUCGUUUAGAAGGCCUGACAAAUAGCUCACCACACUAUUUCUUCAGAAGAGGUAUAGUAUUUGCACAUAGAGAUUUCAACCACCUUCUCAACGAAAUGGCCAACAAUAAAUCAUUCUAUUUAUACACCGGAAGAGGACCUAGUACGAAGGCCAUGCAUAUUGGACAUGUGGUUCCCUUUCUUCUGUGUAAGUAUGUUCAGGACACCUUCCGAAUACCUCUUGUAAUCCAAAUGACUGAUGAUGAAAAGUUCUUGUGGAAAAACAUUAAGCUCGAGGAUGCUAUAAAGAAUGGUAAAGAAAAUGUCAAGGAUAUCGUGGCGCUAGGCUUUGAUCCAAAGCUAACAUACAUAUUCUCUAAUGUCGAGUCCUCUCAUCGUUUUGAGAAGAAUGUUUUGAAGAUAUCGAAAACAAUCAACCUCAACGAAGCAUCAAAGGUCUUUGGAUUCAAUAUGUCAAGCAAUAUAGGCCAGAUAGCGUUCCCAUCAAAGGAAAUAGCACCCUGUUUCUCAAGCUCCUUCAAGUUUAUUGAAAAGGAAGCCAUAUGUCUCGUUCCUGCUGCCGUUGAUCAGGAUCCAUACUUUAGGCUAGCAAGAGAUAAGGCAAAGAUUCUUGGAGAGAAGAAGCCUGUAUCUGUGUAUGUAUCACUUCUUCCAGACCUCAAGGGUGUGAAUAGAAAAAUGUCUGCUAGCGACCCAAACAGCUCUAUAUAUCUAGACGAUUCCCAAGAAACCAUAAGAAGGAAGAUCACUGUGCAUGCUUAUUCUGGAGGCAGAAAGACUCUAGAAGAGCACAGAGAAAAGGGGGGAAACAUUGAUGUAGACGUUCCAUUUGAGUACUUGAGAUAUUUCCUAGAUGAUGAUGAAGAGCUUGAAAAAUAUCGAUCGGGAUAUACUAAAGGUGAGAUUACCAGUAAAGAAAUGAAGGAAAAGUGCAUUGCUGUAAUACAGGAUUUUGUGUCAAAAUAUCAGGAGGCUAGGAAGAAGGUCACAGAAGAAGACGUAAAAGCAUUUAUGGAUAUCAAUAAAUUCUAG